AUGGGGAAGCCAAAGGAUCCUGAGAGCUCUCCGUUGGCAAAUGCUCGGAAUAUGGAUCAAGCAGCUGAUGGACCAGUCGCGGGGAAGAAAGCGAUUGCUGAGGACGAUACUAAGCCCGAGAGCGCGUCUGCGCAGAAGGUCCCCAAAAAACGCACAAAGACUGGUUGUUUAACUUGUCGACAACGGCGGAUCAAAUGCGGAGAAGAGAAGCCCAUAUGCAGCAAUUGUAUCAAGUCAAAGAGAGAAUGCAAGGGUUAUGCACAGCGUGUCGUCUUCAAAAACCCAAUCGGCAUAUUUGGGGCGUACAAUCUCAAUCAGGCCCCAAAUGCCCCAAUGCAACCGAUGCCAUUGGGAACACCAUCCUCAGCUGGGUAUUAUAGCCAUGACCUCUCGCAGCAGAGACAGUCUGGCUCUAACAGACCGUUGUUGGCUCCACGGCCAAUCCCUCUCGCAGUAGCGGCGCAGUCUACGUUGGCUCCAGGUGGAAGUGCAAUGUUUCAAGGACCUGACACGGGCACUGCUCAACAUCCAUCGCAGCCAUAUGAAGCGUCUCUCCUUUCGAUACCGAACAUUGUGGACUCGAUCAGGGCACCAGUGCCUACAACUAUCCUCCAUCAGCACCAGGCCUCCAUCGUGGAUCGGCAGUAUUCGCAGCAUGGGAUGACUACCCCAUUCCCUGCUGAUCCAAAUGCAAGUCAGCGGUCGCAAUUUCAGCAAACAUCAUCUUGGACUGUGAUUCCAGGUUCAUUUAGAACCAGCCAGGGGCUACCAAUUCAUACGGCCGACUCCUUUGGAUCCGCUCAAAUGCCACAGUUCGACCGCCUUGACACAGCAAUUACACACACGUCUCUUCUAGGUCCUUCCGCAGAACAGCCUUUUGCAUAUGGAUAUACGUCACUCCCAUCGAUCACCUCUCCAAACCAAGCUACAAACUUUGACGAUGAGAGUGAUGACUAUUUCGACGCUGAAUCCGACGAAGAAAUGGAGGAUCAAACAUCAGUUGAAGGUUUCAACCAACUCAGUCUCGUUGUGGCUUCUGCAAACGGUGAUGAACGUCAACUUCGAUCCUUUACCACCUAUCUGAACGAACCCAACAUGCUUGCCUCUUACCACCCUACGCUUGGCUCGUCGCCUUUGAAUAAUCCGAAAACAGCUCGAAUUUUUGUCCACUUUAUCCACUCGACUGGCCCAUCACUGUCGGUGUUCGAGCGACACCCUGCGGAUUCCGCGAACACGCUCGGAUCAUCAGUACCCACAGCGCAGCAGGGCUUAUGGACCUACACGCUGCCACUCAAAGCGCUGGAGCAUCAAGCACUGCUCCAAGCCAUACUUGCCCUUAGCAGCUUGCACAUUUCGUACCUACAACAGGCGCCGCCUACGGUCUCGUUAAAGCACUACCAUUAUGCGCUCAAAAGAGUAGGCGCCGCUGUCGGUCUGCCCCAACGACGGAAACAGAUUGGCACCUUGGCUGCUACGCUUUUGCUAGCAUAUUACGAGGUGAUGACUGCAGAACAUUCCAAAUGGAACAGCCAUGUUGCAGGAUCAGCUCAGCUGGUACGCGAGAUUGAUUUUGCCUCUCUCACUCGCGAAAUACGAUCUCACCGGCGAAGGAUACGGUCACAACGACAGCAAACGGCCCGAGCCGAGUGGAAUUUGGCAGAUGCUUAUGCGUUUGAUGACGGAAAUUCGGCGGAUGAUCCUUUCGCCGAGAAAGAGAGUAGCAUCGAUGAAAAGAUAAUAGGAUCACUCUUGGGCAGAGCGGUUAAUUACGAUUAUUUCGGACAGAUAGAAGACGGUCGUAUACGCCCACGAGAGAAGAUUCUCACGCGGAAGGAUAUCGAGAAUUGCCGAAUACAAUGUGACCUCUAUUGGUGGUAUUGCAAACAAGACAUCAUUCAAGGUCUCAUCGGCGGCAGUGGACUUCUAUUGCCUUUCUCCCACUGGGGCCAAUGUCCCCCGCGUGCCGGUAUGGGGCGGCUGGAUGCGAUUUAUGGGUCCGCUGAUCACCUAUGGCUAUUGCUUGCGCGACUCACGGAUUUUGGCUACAGAGAUAGAAAGCGAAAGCUGCAUGUAGCCAAGGGGAACGGAAAGGAGUGGAAGCCAGGUCCUAAUCUUCAUCGAUUCAUGGCACGCUUUAUCAAGGGCGGCGGGAAUGCUCCGCCAGGGCCCCCUCCAGCCUCAAUGCGCAAUCGUGCACCCGAUGUGAACCGGCAGUCACCUGGGACCAGUCCCGGUGCGGCGCCGGGCAAUUCACCUCCCAUGUAUGGCAUGGUUCCGCCAAGAGGACCAAUUCGUCUACCGUCGGGCUUCGCUAGCUCAGGGCAGCAGCCUCAAUCGCCUGGACGAGACGCUGGAGCGGAGACCAUAUCAUAUGAGGAUGCGGAGAGUGAAUGGGAAGACAUUCUCGCUGCCUUUGAGGAAUUCGCUCCUGCACUCGGUCCUGACUACCUUCCUCUACCAGCUGAUACCAUCCCUCCUAUUUCAACUCCUUUUGGACCAGCCCUGCAAUAUCGAACACAUACUAUCGCAGUGGUUUGGGGAUUCUACUACGCAGGUCGGAUCCUAUUACACAGGUUGCAUCCUUCCAUGCCCCCUGCUAUGAUGGUCGCUGCAGGUGUGGCAGCCCCUGCGACGGCCGAAUAUGCCCAAAUGAUUGGAAAGAUUGCGGCGGGUAUUCAUUAUCCACAGUGGUUCAACGUGGAAGCAGGUAGAUUGAGCCCUACCUUGGGUUCCUGCUUGAUCGAUAUGACCGUGCCCAUAUUCUUUGCCGCUGUUCAAUAUCUCGAUGUUGCUCAACGUGGCUGGACGAUCUCCAAGUUGUGCGAUGUCUCGCGUCUGACUGGCUGGAGGUCAUCCAAUGCCAUAGCGAUGGGCUGCGAAAAUGCGUGGGAAGUUGCGGCAAAGCAAGGACGCGGCCCUCCCUAUCAACGCACGAGGGAGACUGACCGCCAGCGACCCUCUAGCGAACGGUCGACGCAAAACGGUGCUUCAAGAAGAAUGCCACCGAACGAUAAUUCGGAGAGGCGAUUUGUCACUGUCAGCAAAUCUAUGCAUGUUCACUGGGCUAUGGGGCUUUUGAGCUUAGAUGACGACAUCCUACACUUAGAAACAGACGACAGAACAUAG